UAUUAGUAUUCAGUAAUCAAUUAUAUGUUUAAAGUGAGACAAUUGUUAGGCAAAUAUUAUCUCAUAUCUAGUGCUAUACUAAGCGCACGGCAACUACCGAUCGGUAAACCGUCAUCAAUGGCCACCACUGGUCACGGAUCGGCCGCAACACUGCCGCCGCUAACAACAACGAUGAUAAGUGCCGACCAAUUUUCAUUGGCCUACGUAACGGCGCCCGACGAUACAGUGGCCAAACAGAUAGCCAGCAAACUAGUUGCCGACCAAUUGGCCGCCUGUGUUAACAUCGUACCCGGUAUUACAUCCGUUUACCGAUGGAAAGGCAAUGUAGAAACCGAUUCGGAAGUUAUGAUGAUAAUCAAGACCCGUACCGACCGAAUCAACGAACUGACCGAACUGGUCAAAGCUAACCAUCCGUACGAAGUGUUUGAACUCAUAUCAGUGCCCAUCCAGAAUGGAAAUCCCGAUUACUUGAAAUGGUUGGAUGAAAGCAUACCUAAAAAAAUAGCUACCAAUUGAUUAAACCCUUUUAAUUACCGUAUAA